GACAGGGACCCUGAAGAGUCCGCUGGGGGGGGGGAGGCUGGAGAGACGGAGCUCCUCACCCUCCACAUACUACCGGAUCAAUUUGAUUUCCUGAGGCCCUGCUGAAGAUGUGACUUGUGGAUUACAGCAUCAGCUACAGCUAGAUCUCUACCAAUCGUCACUGCUGUAUUUCUAAGAAACUUUUCUCACUGCCACUUCUGGAAUAUGAUUCCCUCAUGGGGCUCGGCUAGCUCCAUCCCUGGGGACUACUACCCCUCCCUUUUUGACCAAUAGGAAGGCCCUACUUCUUAAUAUUCCCAAAUACACAUCUUGAGUUUGGAGUAUCUUAAAGAUCACGUUGCUUGGCUAUCAUUCCUCAAUCAUGGAACCACAGUGGAACCCGGCAUCCUCCCUAGGUUCUCCCUCUGUCUUUUUCCUGCUCAUGGCUACUUCCUACACCUGGCUCCUUCCUGUCACCUCCCCCCAGCGGAUCCCAAUAGACCCCCAGGCGGCACCUGAGUACGCCCAUUCCAUCCGACUGGACGGGGACAUCAUUCUCGGAGGAUUAUUUCCCGUGCACUCAAGAGGGGAUCGUGGCACGCCCUGCGGGGAGCUGAAAAAGGAAAAAGGAAUCCACCGUUUGGAGGCCAUGAUGUUUGCAAUUGACCUGAUCAACAAGGACCCCGAGCUGCUCCCUAACAUCACACUGGGGGCCCGGAUUUUGGAUACCUGCUCCAGGGACACAUACGCACUGGAGCAGUCCCUGACAUUUGUGCAGGCCUUGAUAGAGAGGGAUGGAUCAGAUGUUCGAUGCGCCAACGGAGACCCUCCGAUCUUCACCAAGCCGGAUAAAAUUGUAGGAGUGAUUGGAGCUGCGGCUAGCUCCGUGUCCAUCAUGGUGGCCAACAUCUUACGCCUGUUUAAGAUCCCCCAGAUCAGCUACGCCUCCACAGCCCCAGAACUGAGCGACAAUACCCGCUAUGACUUCUUCUCCCGUGUGGUACCACCGGACUCCUACCAGGCCCAGGCCAUGAUGGACAUUGUCACGGCCAUGGAGUGGAACUACGUGUCGACGCUGGCCUCUGAGGGAAACUAUGGAGAGAGUGGCGUUGAGGCAUUCGUGCAGAUCUCCAGAGAAACUGGUGGCGUCUGUAUCGCUCAGUCUUUGAAGAUCCCAAGGGAGCCCAAGCCAGGGGAGUUUGACAAGAUCAUCAGACGCCUGCUGGAGACCUCCAAUGCCAGGGCUAUCAUCAUGUUCGCUAAUGAGGAUGACAUAAGACGAGUUCUGGAUGCAGCAAAAAGAAACAACCAGACAGGCCACUUCCUGUGGGUUGGCUCCGACAGCUGGGGCUCUAAAAUCUCUCCUGUGAUUGGCCAGGAGAGAGUGGCAGAAGGAGCCAUCACCAUUCUUCCCAAACGAGCAUCUGUGGAUGCUUUUGAUCGCUACUUUCGAAGCCGCUCACUGUCAAACAACCGAAGAAAUGUUUGGUUUGCUGAAUUCUGGGAGGAGAACUUCAACUGUAAACUGGGGAUGCACGGAAAACGGCCUGGAAGUCUGAAAAAAUGCACAGGCUUGGAAAAAGUUGGUCGUGACUCGAGCUAUGAACAAGAGGGGAAGGUUCAGUUCGUGAUGGACGCCGUGUACGCCAUGGCCCACGCCUUGCAUCGCAUGCACCGGGAGCUCUGCUAUGGAUACCCAGGUCUUUGCCCGCGCAUGGCCAACAACAUUGAUGGGAAAGAGCUCCUCAGCCACAUUCGUGCUGUCAGCUUUAAUGGAAGUGCCGGUACACCUGUGGUUUUCAAUGAGAAUGGGGAUGCUCCGGGACGGUAUGAUAUUUUUCAAUACCAGAUCACCAACAGAUCAAUAGCAGAGUACAGAGUCAUUGGCUCUUGGACCAACAAACUACACCUGAAGGUGGAGGCUAUGCGUUGGAAAACAGGAGACCCAUCACUCCCACCCUCUGUAUGCAGCAUCCCAUGCCGAACAGGCGAAAGGAAGAAAGUUGUCAAAGGGGUGCCGUGUUGCUGGCACUGCGAGCGCUGUGAGGGGUACCACUUUCAGGCGUCAGAGUUCACCUGCGAGCUGUGUCCAUAUGAGAUGCGACCUGACACCAACCGCACCGGCUGCAUUCCCAUCCCUAUCAUCAAACUGGAGUGGCAUUCCCCUUGGGCCAUCAUCCCCGUCUUCAUCUCCAUGCUGGGCAUCAUCGCCACUUCCUUUGUCAUCGUCACUUUUGUCCGCUACAACGACACGCCAAUCGUGCGGGCGUCAGGCCGGGAGAUGAGCUACGUGCUGCUGACCGGAAUCUUCCUUUGUUAUGCCAUCACUUUCCUGAUGAUUGCGACGCCAGAUGUGGGUGUGUGCUCAUUCAGGAGGAUUUUCUUGGGUUUGGGGAUGUGUUUCAGCUACGCUGCACUGCUAACAAAGACCAACAGGAUACACCGGAUCUUUGAACAAGGGAAGAAGUCUGUAACAGCACCCAGGUUCAUUUCUCCGGCCUCCCAGCUUGUCAUCACCUUCUCGCUCAUCUCUGUCCAACUACUGGGGGUCUUUGUCUGGUUUGCCGUGGACCCUCCCCACACAGUCGUGGAUUACGGUGAGCAGCGGACACAGGAUCCCAUGUCGGCGCGUGGCGUCCUCAAGUGUGACAUCUCAGACCUGUCCCUCAUCUGCUCCCUGGGUUACUCCAUCCUGCUGAUGGUGACGUGCACGGUCUACGCCAUCAAGACGCGGGGGGUUCCUGAGACCUUCAAUGAGGCCAAGCCAAUCGGAUUUACCAUGUACACCACCUGUAUCAUCUGGCUGGCAUUCAUUCCAAUCUUUUUUGGAACAUCACAGUCUGCAGAGAGGAUGUAUAUCCAAACAACCACCCUGACCAUCUCUCUCAGCCUGUCUGCCUCCGUGUCUCUGGGGAUGCUCUACAUGCCCAAGGUCUACAUCAUCCUUUUCCACCCGGAGCAGAACGUACCCAAACGAAAACGCAGCUUUAAGGCAAUCGUGACAGCUGCCACCAUGUCGGGGAAACUGACUCAGAAAGGAGGAGACCGGCCUAAUGGAGAGGUGAAGACGGAGCUGUGUGAGAGCAUGGAGACCAACAGUGACUUCAUCAACUAAGACGACAUAUGUCAGCUACAGCAAUCAUGCCAUGUGAAUGGACCAAGGAUGAAGAAGAAAGAGAAACUGAUUGGACAGAUGAUGGGUCUUGUCUUGGGGACUGUGCAAAGCGAAAGGAGGAGCUGCCGUUCUUUCGCCUAUCGGUUGGAAAAACUGGCGGAAUGACAGAGCGCCAAACGGAAUCUAAGCAUGAGACAUUUUGUAUUGUUCCGCAUCAAAACCACAGAGAGGCGGGACCACAUAAACAGCCAGUCAGUGUGCCUGCUUUCCCGCUGCUCACAGCUCAUUGGUCCUACCACGAACUUACCUGUUUUAAAAAAAAAAAAAAGAGACAUUAUGAAAAAAGUGACAUGCCAUGGGUUACUGUGGUGGACAGAAUAUCUAUUUAAAACCUUAAAAAAACUGAAAAUGGGACAAAAAAAAGAAAAGAGAAAAAAAAAAGCUCUCAGAAACCAUGUAGACAUUAUAUCUAAAAGGGCAAAGGUGGGGCCGGGAAAGAGAUUUAACAGAGUACAUUUUAAAAA